CCGAGCCUCGGCGGCGGCGGCGGCGGCGGCGGCGGCGGCGGCGCUGACACCUCCCACCAUGGACAGCUUCGACUUAGCCCUGCUCCAGGAAUGGGACCUCGAGUCGCUGUGGUGGUAAAAUUACUGCCCGCAUAUUCCUGGAGGAACUUGUGUUAUGUUUAAUAUUUACGGGAAUGAACAUCUGCUGGAACGAGCAUAUUAACUGCACUCUGUUCUGCCUCUGGGGUGAAGACAUCUUAAACCAGAGGAAUGACUCUCUAGUUGUGGAAUUUCAGUCUUCCGCCAGCAGAUGCAGGAGCGUCUAUGAACCAGAUAGAAAUGUGUUACGAAGGAAGGAACGAGAGAGAAGAAAUCAGGAAACACAGCAGGAUGAUGGCACAUUUAAUUCGAGUUACUCCCUCUUCAGUGAACCUUAUAAGACUAACAAGGGGGAUGAGCUCUCCAACCGGAUCCAGAAUACUUUAGGCAAUUACGAUGAAAUGAAAGACUUUUUAACUGAUCGAUCUAAUCAGAGUCAUCUUGUUGGCGUUCCCAAACCUGGGGUUCCUCAGGCUCCCGUGAACAAGAUCGAUGAACAUUUUGCUGCAGAUUCAAGAGCCCAGGCCCAGCCCUCAUCUGUCUGUAGCACUGCUUCUUCCACACCAGCAGCUGUCCCCGUGCAGCAGAGUAAGAGAGGCACCAUGGGCUGGCAGAAGGCCGGGCAUCCGCCAUCAGAUGGCCAACAGAGAGCAACACAACAAGGCUCUCUCAGGACCUUGCUUGGAGAUGGUGUUGGCAGACAGCAGCCACGAGCCAAACAAGUGUGCAAUGUAGAGGUGGGUCUUCAGACCCAGGAAAGGCCACCUGCUAUGGCAGCCAAGCAUAGCAGCAGCGGACACUGUGUUCAGAACUUUCCUCCAUCCCUGGCUUCAAAACCCAGCCUGGUCCAGCAGAAACCAACUGCAUAUGUGCGGCCGAUGGAUGGCCAAGAUCAAGCUCCCGACGAGUCUCCAAAGCUUAAGUCGUCCACAGAAACGGGUGUGCACUGCACCUCAUACAGGGGAGUCCCGGCCACCAAGCCAGAGUCUGCCAGAGCCAAGGCCAAACUUUCCAAGUUAAGCAUCCCCAAACAAGGAGAGGAGAGUAGAUCUGGAGACACAAACAGCUGUGUUGAAGAAAUAAUUCGGGAGAUGACCUGGCUCCCACCACUUUCUGCUAUUCCAGCACCUGGAAAAGUGGAACCAAGCAAAUUUCCAUUUCCAAAUAAGGACUCUCAGCUUGUUUCCUCCGGACACAAUAAUCCAAAGAAAGGUGAUGCUGAGCCAGAGAGUCCAGACAAUGGCACAUCGAAUACAUCCUCUCUGGAAUGGUUAUCCCCAUUUACAGAUAAGGGAAAUGAUGCACAGAGAGGAAUGUUAGAAGAUGACCUUAAGCUAAGUAGUGAUGAAGAGGAGAAUGAACAGCAGGCAGCCCAGAGAACUGCUCUCCACGCUCUGUCUGACAGCACCGUGGUCCAGCAGGCCAACUGCAGAGCCUCUGUGCCUUCCAGCAAGGGCAGCAGCAGUGGCAGUAGCAGCAGCGGCAGCAGCUCCUCCAGUGACUCAGAGAGCAGCUCUGGAUCUGACUCGGAGACCGAGAGCAGUUCCAGCGAGAGUGAGGGCAGCAAGCCUCCCCACUACUCCAGCCCCGAGGCUGAACCAGCGUCCUCUAACAAGUGGCAGCUGGACAAAUGGCUAAACAAAGUUAAUCCCCACAAGCCGCCUAUUCUGAUCCAAAAUGAGAGCCACGGGCCAGAGAGCAAUCAAUACUACGCUCCUGCGAAAGAGGAAGUGCAGGACUGUGCGAAGCUGGCCGACGUUUGCCAAGCCAGCCUGCGAGACAAGGACAUCAAGAGCGCCUGCAAGGAGGAGCAGAGGCCAAGGACUGCGAACAAGGCCCCGGGGAGCAAGGGAGUGAAGCAGAAGUCGCCGCCCGCCGCCGUGGCCGUGGCCGUGAGCGCAGCCGCCCAGCCGCCCGCCGCGCCCGGUGCGCCCGCCGCCGAGAGCACACCUGCGCCUGCCCGGAGGGCCGCGGGCAAGAAGCCCACCCGGCGCACCGACAGGACCGCCGCCGGCGACGCCACCAACUGCCACCGGCCCGAGGAGCCCGCGGCUGCCGACGCGCUGGGGGCGAGCGUGGUGGGCCCCCCGGAGCCCGCCAAGACCAGGCCCUGCGGCAACAGCAGAACGAGCCACCGCAAGGAGCUGCGCUCCUCGGUGACCUGCGAGAAGCGCCGCACGCGGGGGCUGAGCAGGAUCGUCCCCAAAUCCAAGGAGUUCAUAGACACAGAAUCCUCCUCUUCCUCCUCCUCCUCGGACUCGGACCUGGAGUCCGAGCAAGAGGAGUACCCUCUGUCCAAAGCGCAGGCCGUGGCCGCCGCCGCCUCCUCGGCGAGUGACCAGAGGCUGAAGGAGGCUGCGGGCCCCAUCAGCAGUGGCGGCGGCCCCCGGGCCCCCGUAGGCUCCAUCAACGCCAGGACCACCAGCGACAUUGCCAAGGAGCUGGAGGAGCAGUUCUACACGCUCGUCCCUUUUGGCCGCAACGAACUUCUCUCCCCCUUGAAGGACAGCGAUGAGGUCAGGUCUCUCUGGGUCAAAAUUGACCUGACCCUGCUGUCCAGGAUCCCAGAACACCUGCCCCAGGAGCCCGGGGUCUUGAAUGCCCCUGCGGCCAAGGACGCCGAGAGCACGCAGCCAAGCCAUCCGUCUGACGCUCCUGCCGAAAAGGCUUUGCCAAAAUCCAAGAGGAAACGCAAGUGUGACAAUGAAGAUGAUUACAGGGAGGUCAAGAAGGCCCAGGGAGAGAAAGAGAGCUCUUCGCGACUGACCACCUCUGCCAAUAAUACUUUAUCUGCAAACCAUUGCAGCAUGAACAUCAACAGCUUGGCAAUACCAAUAAAUAAAAAUGAAAAAGUGCUCCGGUCACCCAUCUCACCCCUCUCUGAUGCAUCUAAACACAAAUACUCCAGCGAGGACUUAACUUCUAGCAGAUCAAAUGGCAACUUCACUUCUGCUUCCUCCAACAAAAAGCAUAAGGCUGAGAGCCAGCUGCAGUCUCAUGCUGGAGACCUCACGAAAGCUGCUCACAACAAUUCCGAAAACGUUCUCCACAAGCCACGGCCACAAACAGAGCCAUGGUCUCCAGGUUCCAACGGCCACAGGGAUUGCAAGAGGCAGAAACUUGUCUUCGAUGAUAUGCCACGCAGUGCAGAUUAUUUUAUGCAAGAAGCUAAACGGAUGAAGCAUAAAGCAGAUGCAAUGGUGGAAAAGUUUGGAAAGGCUUUGAACUAUGCUGAAGCAGCUUUGUCAUUUAUUGAGUGUGGAAAUGCAAUGGAACAAGGCCCAAUGGAAUCCAAAUCUCCUUAUACAAUGUAUUCGGAAACAGUAGAGCUCAUCAGGUAUGCUAUGAGACUAAAAACUCAUUCAGGCCCCAAUGCCACACCAGAGGACAAACAACUGGCUGCAUUAUGUUACCGCUGCCUGGCUCUCCUGUACUGGCGGAUGUUUCGACUCAAAAGGGACCAUGCUGUGAAGUAUUCAAAAGCACUUAUUGACUAUUUCAAGAAUUCAUCUAAAGCUGCCCAAGCCCCAUCUCCAUGGGGAGCCAGUGGAAAGAGCACUGGAACCCCAUCCCCUAUGUCUCCCAACCCCUCCCCAACCAGCUCCGUGGGAUCUCAGGGGAGCCUCUCCAACGCCAGCGCCCUGUCCCCUUCAACCAUCGUCAGCAUCCCACAGCGCAUCCACCAGAUGGCAGCCAAUCACGUCAGCAUCACCAACAGCAUUCUCCACAGCUAUGACUACUGGGAGAUGGCAGACAACCUGGCCAAGGAAAACAGAGAAUUCUUCAAUGACCUGGAUUUGCUCAUGGGGCCUGUCACCCUGCACAGCAGCAUGGAGCACCUGGUCCAGUACUCCCAGCAGGGUCUGCACUGGCUGCGGAACAGCACCCACCUGUCAUAGGGACCUUGGCCGUGAGCCGGACUGUGCUCUCAUCUCCGUGGAUGGCUCGAUGUUUCUGGACACUGCGCCACUGAAGUUCCCAGCCACAGCAUUUCUCAAACCGCGGUGAAUAUUUCCUCAGCAUCGAACAAUGGUCUUUUCCCAGGGCAUGUGUGUUUGUACGUGUGGGUGUAAAAGAAGUUGCCUGUAUGUGUGUAAGAUAUAUGGCUCUUUAGAACCAUAGGCAUUUUCUUUGUCUAGUUUCCAUAAACCCAAGCUAGACAAAGUGAUCAGAGGUUUCUGCUUAAGAGAAUAUACACUUACACACACACACGCACACAAAAUCACACACACACACACUUUCUAUUUCAAAGCUAAACCAUGACUUCUUAGAACAUUCAACCAAAAUCUCAUGGGUUAGUUAACCAGGUGCAAUACAGCACACCAAAAGCUUGACUGCCAGUUAAGAUGACCCUUAGUUCUUAUAUUAUUGAUUACUUUCAGUAUUAAUAUACUAUUCCCCAAUUAAUUUUUGAUUGUGUGUAUUAAUGGGUAAUUGAAUAAUGAAAAGAAGUCAGUUAUUUUUGUGCUGGACGUUUACUAGAUUGCAUGUUACCAAAUACCUUGCCUUUUGUCUAAUACCCACCUCUCCCAUCCAACUUUAUACUCAACUAAACGCGUCAUAAGCAAACGGAUCAAAUCCCACAGGCCUUCCCUGCCCUUCCCCCCAAAGAAUAUGAAAAUGGCACUGGAAUUUGGUAAAAAGUCAGUGUCUUUGAAAGCUAACUGACAUUAAAAGACAGCUGUGCUCAGAGCACAGUCAAGAACUGCAACCUUCUGCACGUGCAACAACCAGCCCACCCAGCACAUGUGUUGUUUCUUCCUGCCACUGUGACAUGGUGGCCAUAGAGCCACAUGGCAUUUGUCAGCCAAUAUUUUUCAAGUCUUUUUCUCUCCACGAUAGCUUUCUUACAAAUUUUCUUGGCCAAAUUAGGACAUUACCUAGAAUGUCUCUUCACUAGGAGUCUGUAUCUGCUGCUUAUCAAGCUAAGAACUAUUUGCUAACACAAGACUGUCCAAUCCUCUCACUCUUCGUGCAGAACGUAGGCCUUUGUUGCAUUUCGAUCUGGGGGAUACAUUUCAGGCUUUGGUUAGCGAGCUGCUUACUGCGCAGGGUAAGUUAUCUUUGCAAGGACCGCAAAUCUGUUUGGGGUAGCAACAACCAGAACAUCAUGCCUACAUCCCCAGUACCUGGUAUGUUUACAUCUUGCCCUUGAUUCUGCUUUCUUUUUUUUUUUUAAAUGAAGUUUACAUUUUAGUUUUUUGACAUCUUGUUUACAGUUUUUGUCUGAAACUUACUUCUUUUUAUAGUCUCUUAUCGUGCCCUAGAUUUAGUCUUCUUGUUAAAUAAACUCAGUUAUAAAAAUACUGGUAAAAAGCAAAAUUCUUAGGAAGGAAGAUAUGCCUUGCCAUAUCCUUAAAAACAAAAACAAUGUCCUUGAAGCCUCUCAUUCAACAGAAUUGCACCAGAAUGGUCUGAGAAAGAUAGGUGAUGCGGGAUGUGGAACACUCUGUUUUCCAAGGUGACAGUGGCACAAAACAUUUAUAAUGGAUAGUGAUAUGCUUUCCCUGAUGCUCUUACUGGUUUGGUUGUAAUGUUACCAUUUGGUCACCUGACCUGUAGGUGGGAAAUAAGAUUGCUGUACUUCUAAGCACUGAUUCAAAAUGAUUGAACAACUUCAGUGACUUGAGAUGAGUUUAAAAUGAAGGGUUCAAAGGGAAAUGAAGCCACUGAAAGAUUUGUGAAAUUUGCAUUUGGCUUUGGCCUUGGACCAUCUGGAAAUAUUACCAGUAUUUCUACUUUCCAUUUAUCCAGCUGCGGUGCUCCUCACAUCCCUUUCACUAGUCAUUGGCAGAGUUCGUGAUCCCACAGUAUGUUAGAAAUUUGAGCAUAAUUUAGGAAAUUUUGGAUUUUUUUUUUUUGAGGACUGAGGCUUAUUCUACUUCCUCUUGCUGAAUUCUGAUGAAAUGUUGAAACUCUCACAUAAAGGGAUGAUGAACCUGAGAGUCCAUUGUGCAUCCCUGGGUCACUUUCUGGCCCUGCCCAUCCUUAAAGUCACAGGUCUUGUGGGAGCUACAUGGGUAAGCACCCACAAAACCCCAUGUAAACACACAGGUGGCCCCUGGCUGAUUAUGCCCCAGCAUUUUUAUUAGCACUUAGGAGGCUCAUGUUUCACAACAAAACUUGGAACUGGUCAUUUUGGGGAUGGUCAGAGCAUGCAGGUCCUCUCCCUGUCUUUGAUCUCAUUAUAGACCAUGUGAGGGCAGCAGUUUUUGUUCACUUUGGCAUAGAUGAUUUUGGUAAGGAACCAUCUUCUGAUUGUUGUCCGUGAAAGUCAUUCAUAACUUGUUCCUUUUAUUUAGCUUUGUUCAAAGUAGAAAUACCUUUCUUGUGUUUUUGGAUUGUAAAAGUAAUACAUGCUCAUUGUAAAGAUUCAAACAAUACAGCAAAUGUAUAAAGUAGAAAGUAGUAAGUCCCAUACCCCCGAAGACAACCACUGCUCACAGUUUCAUGUAUAUUCUUCUAAAGAUUCUCCCAUUUAAACAUAUAAUGUCUAUGAUCAUUUUUUUUCUAUUGGAAGACUUAUUAUUUCCUCAGAAGUUAAACACUGAGUUCAACUGACCUUAUCCUUCCAUGACCUGAGUGGAUGCCUUCCUUUAUCACAAUGUUAGAGUUAUCUUUGAAAGAAAGUAACCCCAAUAUAUUCCUGAUCAAAAUUUGGGAUUUGUUACUACUCUCUACACAGAUCAGACUUAUGUGCAGGAUUGUGCCUGGAAAGAGAGGUUUGGUUAAAACAGAUAUUUCUGGAAACUUUCAAAUUGCAAAUGGAAACUUGGACCCACUAUCUAAAGAAGAAUGUACUGGAAAAAUAAUCUGAAGAGUUGACAAAUUGUGUACUAGAUCGAACACCCAGAAUGGAAUGCAAUGAGAUUUUCUGCACUAAAACUUACCCUAGUAUGUAAAACAAUGAUGUGUGUAUUAUAUAACAGUGAUGUGUACAUUUCUGACAUCUCAUACAUAAUAUACACAGUUUGUAUAAAAAUGCAUACAUUUAAAAAUAUAUAUGUACAAUACAGCUAACAUAAAACUGUAGUAUGCCUGAAGGAUAUUACUAGUGCCUAAUAUUGAGUAUAAGUCACUGCGUGUUCGCAUCACCUUGGAAGUGCAGUAAUUGUUACAAAAUUAAUCAGUGCAGCCAACAUUAUUUAUGAAUCACAUCUUUGAAACUGUGCAGUAGUAUAUACAUAUAUAUUUUUAAAUAACAUUUUUCACAGUUUUCCAGAGUUACUGUUGAAAUCUGUAUCACCAAAAAAAAAAAAAAAGCAAGAUUUUUUUAAUGAUGUAGACACUCUUCAGACCCAGUAAUCUGUGUGUGAUUUCCUGUUUGUAGAUACCCAAGAGACUUUAGCAGUCACCAGCCUUAAUGCAUGUACAGGAUAUUAUUGUGACUUAAUUUAUCUGCAGUUUUUAAUCCAUGUGAAAUUGGAAUUUAUAAACUGACUUGGAUUAAAUAUGUCUGCCUUUCUAAGGUUGCAAAUGUUACAUUAAAUGAUUUAUGUUGUAAAUGA